CCUCUGCUCCACAUCCCGCUCCGCACCCCGCAUCCCUCUCCUCACAUCCCCUCUCCUUUAUUUCCAACCCACGGAAAUCCCCACUGAAAAUCCAGAUCAAUUUUUCCUUCCCCCUCUUCCACCUCCAUGGAGGGAAAAUAAUCAAAUUAAAUAAAGGAAAAGAAUAAUUGAAAAGAAAACUAAACGAGAAAAGCGCUCCAUCGGACGCGCUCGCUCCGUUUUCAGCCUUUGGUUUCCGCGCAGUUCCGUGCGCUUUCCUCCUCCCGCUGCCGCCGCGCUGUGUCUGUGUGGGAGAUGCGCGGGAGAUGCGCGGAAGAUGCGCGCAGGGCGAGGGGCGGCCGCGCUGUGCUUGGAGGAGGGGUGGGAGGAGAUGAGGGGGACGGACGGACGGACGGACUGACGGCCCCGCGGUGCCGCGCGGAGCAUUUCGGCGCAGCGGAGUGGAAAAUAGACUUUCAACCCUCUUUGUGCGGGAGGGGAGGGCUGCCCCCUCCUCCGCGCCUCAACAAAACUCCGCCGCGUCCCGGCGGGCGAAGCAGAGCCAAACUGCGGAGUGAACUCGGGACGGACCAAAGUGCGGAGAGGCUGCGCGCCCGCGCAUCAAUUUCCUCAGCGCGGCUCCGGAAGAGAAAACAGCGACUUUGGGAUUUUUCGUCGAUAUUUUGAUAUCAUUUUAUUAUUAUUCCCAGCGCAGAGAGGAGCGGGGCCGGGCCGGGAUUUAAGCGGGGCUCCGCGCUGCGCGGACAUUGCGCGGGGGCUGCGCGGGUAACGGGAGCUCUCCGACCUUUCUAUCGCGGAGCGGCGGAGCCGCGGGGCCGUACUGCCGUCCCGAUUUUCAGCACGAAAGAAGCGAUGUAGCGAUUUCCUACGAAACGAGCGCAGCCCGCAGCCCCGCUCCCACAACUUCUCGCCUCGCCGCCGGCUCCAGUCCAGUUUUUCGGGCGCUCUCCUCAUUCCCAGCGCCGGCCCCAGCCCCGGCUCUCCUCACCCGCAGGAACAGCCCCGCCGCGGCCCCCCCGAGCUCAAACCAUGUUCCAGCCGUCCGCCAAGCGCUGCUUCACCAUCGAGUCCCUGGUGGCCAAGGACACCCCGCUGAGCCCCGAGGAACCCCUGCGGCCCUCGGCCCUCAAUUAUCCCCCCCCCGCCUCUUCCGACGCUUUCCCCGGCGGUUUCCAAGGGGCCGCCGCCGCCGGUCGGGCUCUGUACGGCGGCACCGAGCUCGUUUUCCCCGAAGCCGUGGGGCAUCCGGCUCUACCCGUCGCUCCGCAUCAGCUCGGAGCAUCGCCUCUCCCGCACCCUCACUCCUUCUUCGGACCGCAGCAUCGCGACCCGCUCAACUUCUACCCCUGGGUGCUGCGCAACCGCUUCUUCGGGCACCGCUUCCAAGGGAGCGAAGUGUCCCAGGAGAGCCUCCUCCUGCACGGCCCUUUCGCCCGCAAACCCAAACGCAUCCGCACCGCCUUCUCCCCAUCCCAGCUGCUGAGGUUGGAAAGGGCCUUCGAGAAGAACCAUUACGUGGUGGGCGCCGAACGCAAGCAGCUGGCCAGCAGCCUCAGCCUCUCCGAGACCCAGGUGAAAGUGUGGUUCCAGAACCGGCGGACGAAAUACAAACGGCAAAAGCUGGAGGAGGAAGGGCCGGAUUCGGAGCAGAAGAAGAAAGGUUCCCAUCACAUCAACCGAUGGCGCCUCGCCACCAAGCAGUCGAGCGGAGAAGACAUCGACGUCACCUCCAACGACUAAGGCAGGGACAGGCUCGUGGUGCAGCCGCCAUGCAGAGGAACCCGGGGGACGACGCGGGGACGCGCGCGGCAUCACCCAACGAACUCUAAGGGACGUCACCUCCGCCGCCGCCACCCCACCGGCACCCAUCCGUCCCCCCCCCGGCCGCCCGGAGCCCGGUGCCCGGCGCAGCCCUCGGGGCGCGUUUUGGGGCUCUCCUGCUGAGCCCGGGAGGAAGAGGAGGCUGCCGGGACCCCUGGACACGACCGUGCAGCCUCCUCCGCGUGGGGACCGCCCGUCAGCCGUGAGAUCGCAUCCAACGUCCUACCUUCGAGCUCAAUGUUUCCAACCCUUUUAUUUUCCUUUCCGCCCUCCCCCCCUUUUUUCCCCCCCCUCUCUCCUCCUCUUUUCUCUGUCUCUCUUUUUUUUUUUUGUUGUCGUUUUGUUUUAAUUUAUUCUCUUUUUUUUUUUUUUUUUGUGCCCGUGUGUGCGUGCGUUCCCCGUCCCGUAGGUAGUCCGCAUCUGUAGCGUGUGUUACUGCGUGGUAAUAAAAAGCAAGAUGUGCUCUGA